AUGGGGCACUAUGGUGGAGGCACACCGAAACGGCAUUACUGUUGGUCUUCCAGCAGACAUGUCAAAUCCCUUGACAAGGGCAAGUUUCAAUGGAAGAAGUUUAAGGAGGAGCACCCAAAUCGCGUGGAAACGGUGAGACGAUACAGGGACAAGAACAACAAGGUUCGUUACCAAGGUGUAAAGAAUACGCUGCGCGCCACCGAGAUCUACCCUAUCAAGUUCGCACGUGCGGUGGUUGACCUACACGCUCGGUUGAUUUCUGAGCCUGUUGGCCCUGCUCCUCCACCAGUGGUCCCACCAGCGCUGCAGUCCUUUCUCACCUUUCCGGAGGACUCUCCUGAGCAAUGGCCACACGCACGGCUGGGAGAUGUAUUCAAGUAUUUACGCAAGCUGAAAGGCUUGCGCGUGCCACGGGAAUGGGAACCGCAUAUUCCCGAUGCUAUCUGA